AUGGUUUAUGUUGACUCGCAACCAGAAGGAGAAGACAAUAGUAGAUCAAAGGAGGAGAUUGAAAGACUUCUAAAAGAGGUUCGGGGUUUAGGCGCUAUUGAAAUUUAUAGGGAUUUAGAAACAAAAGGCUCUGAAUAUAAAGCAAUCAUAGAAGAAAAAUAUCGACAAGAGGAUUUAAAAGAAAGUGAUAGUAAUACAAUACCACAAGUCAAAUACAUGAGAAGAGAAAUAAGAAUUGGAUAUAACGGAAUAAUUAAUUGUGGUGAUUGGGAAGUAGUAGCUAAUAACACAAAUAGUAAUCGAGUAAAGAGUUUCUUCGUUUGGUUAUAG